CCCACGGCCCCACCCACCACCACUAGCCAGUAACAGCACUUUGUCGAAAAUCUCAGCGUAUCUUCCCCAAUAGCAUACCUACAGAACGCGGGAAACCAGAAUUUGAAAAACCCGGAUAGGAAUUCCUUUACUACAAAAUAUUCCACUUCUUCCUCUACAGAAUUUAAUGAAUGAGUAAACAUGGUUUCGUUAAAAAAAUCGUUGGUGAUCUCUCUUUUCUUGAUUCCUCACCCUUUGCGAAACUUUUGGAUUCAUGCCUCAAAUCCAAGUCUUUACGUGACACACGUCGCAUUCACGCUCGAAUCAUCAAAACCCAGUUCGCCUAUGAAGUUUUUAUACAGAAUAGGCUUAUUGAUGCUUAUGGGAAGUGUGGCUGUUUUGAUGAUGCACGCAAAAUAUUUGAUCAAAUGCCUGAAAAGAACGUUUUCAGUUGGAAUGCCAUCGUUAGCACUCUGGUGAAAUUUGGAUUUCUUGAUGAGGGUGCACGAUUAUUUGUGUCUAUGCCUGAGCCUGAUCAAUGUUCUUGGAAUUCAUUGAUUGCUGGAUUUGCACAGCAUGAUCGAUUCGAAGAAGCAUUGAAUUAUUUUGUUAAGAUGCAUAGGAAAGGUUUUGUACUUAAUGAGUAUACGUUUGGCAGUGGUCUCAGUGCUUGUGCAGGGUUAAAAGACUUGAAAAUAGGCACCCAAAUUCAUGGUUUGAUGUUGAAAUCUCAGUUCUUACUGGACGUCUAUAUGGGUUCUGCCCUUAUUGAUAUAUAUUCGAAAUGUGGUUUUGUGGAUUGUGCUCAAAGGGUCUUUGAUGGGAUGAUGGAGAGGAAUGUUGUUUCUUGGAAUAGCUUGAUUACAUGUUAUGAACAAAAUGGUCCUUCUAGGGAAGCUUUAGAAAUUUUUAUGAGAAUGAUGGAGAGUGGGUUUGAACCGGAUGAGGUUACACUAGCUAGUGUGGUCAGUGCUUGUGCAAGCUUGGCUGCAGCUAAACAAGGUUUAGAAAUUCAUGCUUGUGUUGUUAAACGUGAUAAACUUAGGGAUGACCUUAUUUUAAGUAAUGCAUUGGUUGAUAUGUAUGCAAAGUGCGGUAGGACUAAUGAAGCUAGAUGCGUUUUUGAUAGGAUGCCAAUUAGGAAUGUAGUAUCUGAAACCUCAAUGGUUAGUGGUUAUGCAAAGACAGCAAGCGUUAAAGCUGCAAGGUUGUUGUUUACCAAGAUGAUAGAGAGGAACGUAGUCUCUUGGAAUGCCCUUAUUGCAGGCUAUACUCAGAAUGGAGAAAAUGAAGAGGCGCUUAGGCUCUUCCGCAUGCUAAAGAGGGAAGCUAUUUGCCCAACUCACUACACCUUUGGGAACCUACUAAAUGCCUGUGCAAAUCUUGCUGAUCUGCAACUUGGCAGGCAGGCCCAUGCUCAUGUCUUGAAGCAUGGAUUUCGAUUUCAAUAUGGUGAAGAGUCAGAUGUUUUUGUGGGAAAUGCCCUUAUAGACAUGUACAUGAAAUGCGGAUCAGUUGAGGAAGGGUGUCGAAUUUUUGAAAACAUGGUGGAAAGGGAUUAUGUCUCAUGGAAUGCCAUGAUUGUAGGGUAUGCACAAAAUGGUUAUGGGAUGGAGGCUCUUGGUUUAUUCAGGAAAAUGUUGGCAUCUGGAGAGAAACCAGACCAUGUUACCAUGAUUGGUGCUCUAUGUGCUUGUAGCCAUGCAGGUCUUGUGCAAGAGGGUCGGAAGCAUUUUUCCUCCAUGACUGAGGAAUAUGGUUUGGUACCAUCGAAGGACCAUUAUACGUGCAUGGUUGAUUUACUUGGUCGAGCUGGUUGCCUUAAUGAAGCCAAGGAUUUGAUAGAGACAAUGUCAGUGCAGCCUGAUGCUGUUGUUUGGGGGUCAUUGCUUGGUGCUUGUAAAGUUCAUCACAACAUUACCUUAGGGGAAUAUGUGGCAGAGAAGCUCUUAGAAAUUGACCCAAUGAACUCAGGACCAUAUGUUCUUCUCUCAAAUAUGUAUGCCGAGCUUGGCAGAUGGAAGGAUGUCCUAAGAGUCAGAAAACUGAUGAAGCAUCGAGGAGUUAUCAAGCAGCCUGGUUGCAGUUGGAUUGAAAUUCUGGGUCAUGUCCACAUUUUCAUGGUAAAAGAUAAAAGACAUCACCAGAGGAAGGAGAUCUAUUUACUACUGAAAAUGCUUACAGAGCAAAUGAGGCGAGCUGGAUAUGUCCUGGAUGCCAAUGAUCAUGAAGAAUACAAGGAAAAUAAUGGCUAGAAAGCAUUGAUUAAAAUAAAUUGGGUGAAAAGAAGUUCUUGAAAUGUAAUAAUACCAAAUAAGUGGAAGGAAGGAGCCCGCAACACCACGGAAAGUGGUGGCCGUAAGAUCCAUGGGAACAAGCUCCUCUCUAAUAAGAACAGAUGGACCCCUUAUGGAAAUACCAAGUGCAUGAUUUUCAGGCAGCAAGUACGCAAGAUAUGCCAGGUACUGUCAUACCUGUGCUUAUACCAAAGGUGUUUUUACAAUAUGCGGCAAGCAAGUACUAGACAUGAAGCUUUACAAACAAGGCAAGUAUAUAAUUCAGAGCUAGUUAUUAGUUUUUUUUCAGACACUCUUCGACUGUUUCAACUUCAAAUAUCACGGGCUUGCGAGUAUAAAUUUAUGCUGUACUCAACAGCUACCAUGCUUCAUUGGUUUCUUUCUUCCUGAUGUAGUAAUAACUCUUCUGCAAUCCCAUUGAUUAGCUUAGUUCCA